UACUACGUAGACCGAUAACUCUUAUCACUAUGCAAACCUUAAACCCGCGAUUUCAAAGCUAUGCCGUCAUCGAUCGACGGAGCUCCACAUGAGCUUCUCGCCGCACCUUACCUACCUAGAGGUAGCUAGCUGUAAGGUCUACUGUCGAUAAUUAGGUAAUUAUCGCCUGUCUAUUGAUGUACGACGAAAAUACACAUUACUACAUUACAUACUCAGAUCUGAUUGUCAGUCGUGCAACAUCUAAGAAAGGCGGCGUUCUCGAUCUAUCUAUGUACCUAGGUAUGUAUGGCACUGCACUAAAAACGCCUCUCUAAUCUCUCCCUCGCCAAAUCCGAGCUGGAAUCCGUAUGACGCGCGGUGGUUGCACAACAUGAUGCCUUCGGACGUCCACAGCUCGUAGUUAGUAUUUUAUUUACCUACCAAACUCGUCUAAUACAUCAUCAUUAACUCUAUCAAUUAUAAUCCAAUCAUCCCUCUUGCACAAGUCAAAAUCUUGGUGAUAUAGCAUUAAACAUAUUAUAUUGAGGCAACCAUGGCCGACUCUAACCCCGACUCCAAGCCCUGGCACAAAAAAAUCGACCUCAUCCAGCGCGGCGACCGCUCCCCCACGCCCUGGGGCACCCUAACAUUCGUCGGUCUGCGCCUACUGGAUCUCCCUCUCCAACAUGCUCUUCUCGCACCCGCCGGUCUCGGCAGCGCCCUCCUAGCCCGCGCCGGCAUCACCCGCGCCGUAACCGCAUCCACCGCCGUCCUGCACACCGGAAUCCCAUUCGUCGACGCCCUAGGCCACCCGACCAGCGCUCUGCUCUUCGUCUUCGCAUGCGGCUCCGCCGCCAAGCAGAUCUACUGGCAGACGGUGCUCUCGUACGAAUCCUUCCCGGCGGGUGCCGCGGCCGCCGUCGCCCUGUACAACACCGUGAUGAACAGCGCCAACGGCAUCCUAUCCCAAGCAGCAUCCACCUCGUCGCUAUUCUCCCAGCCGCAAAUCACCAUCUCGCUGCCCUUCCUAACCUCCCCCGUCAGCAUCCCCCUCAGCACGCUCUUCGGCCUAGCUAUGUACAUCUUCGGCCUGACCCUCGAAACCGUCUCCGAGGCACAGCGCAAGGCCUUCAAGGACGCGCCCGAGAACAAGGGCAAGGUGUGCAAGGUCGGCGUGUGGCGCUGGGCCCGCCACGUUAAUUACCUCGGCUACUCGCUCUGGCGCGGCGGGUACACCAUGGUGGCUACCGGCUGGAUCGGCGGGCUCCUUAUGACGGCCUGGCAGAUGUGGGAUCUGAGCUACCGUGCUGCGGGCGUGCUCGACGGCUACUGCACCAACAAGUAUAAGGAGCAGUGGGCUCAGUUCAAGCGCGAGGUGCCGUACAAGAUCCUUCCGGGAAUCUAUUAGGAUGACUAGGUAAUUAGGGACCUAAUCGUAUGCAAAAGGUGGCAUGUAGUAUGUGUGUUUGUGGGAAGGGUUUGGAUAUGUAGCAAUGCGAGAUAUUCAUCGGGAUUAGUACAACAGGUGCAACAGCAAUUAGUGCUUUGGUAUUGGGCAUUUCCCUAACGUGGCGGAGUUCUCUCGAUAGUGUCUCCUUGCAGCCUUCGCGCGCACCUGUAAUCUAGUAUACAAAUGGGGGGGCAGCGAUGAUAGAGCCAACAGAAAGAAAAUGCAAUAUUUGCCCCUGAGAC